ACCGUAUAAGUGUUGGACAAGAUUUCUCUCACAAAGAUCAGAAGAUGAUUAAAUGUGAGAAGAGGCAUGAUACAGUGGCAACACACUUGUAUAGGUUGAUUCGAUUUUCAUUAGUGGACAGAGUAUUCCAGGAAUUGGUGCUGAAACCACUUGGCAUCGCAAAGAUUCUUGAUAAAAGGAUCAAGGAAGUGUCUCAAUCCACUUUGCAAAAGAUCGCCAUUGCUACAUGCUUGGGACAGGAGGGUGCACGUGUCUUUCUGCUAGAUGAACCAAGUAUUCAUCUAGACGCAAGGGAGAGGGUUAUAGCCGCCCAGACCAUAAAGCGGUUCAUCGCUUACUCAAGGACAGCUGCUUUAGUAGUUGAACAGGACUUUAUGAUGGCCACUUAUUUGGCGGACCGUGUUAUCGUUGUUCAAGGAGAACCAGGAGUACAGAGUACCGUUAAUUCUCCCGUCUUGAUGGCCAAUGGAGUUAACCAAUAUCUUUCGGACUUGAAUAUCACGUGUAGAACUGAUCGUUUCACGUCUUUAGCUCGGAUGAAUAAGCCAAGAUCCGUUGAAGACGAGGAGCAAAAAACCAGAGGACAUUUUUUUGAAGAUUUAGGAAGACCUGUGAAGAAUCUGGGAAGGGUAGAAGACUUGGUAUAGUGUGUGAUAAGAUGAUGAACUACGAAGUUUUCUAGAUACGAAUCAAGAGUUUAAGUAGCAAGAACAAGUGACAUCAAAUGGUUUUGAAUUGGCUCUCUCCGUCUUUUGUUGUUAAUAAUACCAUUGCUCCCUUGUUUUAGGAUGUGUGAAACUUUGAUUUCUAAAUCUUUUUGACUUUUCUUAUCAGUCGAGUUGCUUUUGCCUUUUGUUGCUUAUUAUUAUAAUAGUAAAGGCUCUGUUUA